ACAGUCUUGCCAAGCGUUCCGUUCUAUCACUGCAAACUUCUGCUAAAAAUGGCCCUCGCCCAGAAGGUUGCUUCGCGCCCGGCUGUGGCCUCUCGCAGGGGUGUCGUCGUUGUGCGCGCUUCGGUCGAGUCCCGCCGUGCGGUGCUGGGCGGUCUGCUGGCGAGCACUGUCGUGGCUCUGACCUCGGCGAACAAGGCUCAGGCCGCUGCCACCCCUGUGGAUCUGUUCGACGACCGCAAGGUCAGGGAAACUGGCUUCGACCUUAUCUAUGAGGCCCGUGAUCUGGAUCUGCCUCAGUCGGCCCGCGACGGUCUGGACCAGGCUCGCGGCAGCAUUGAUGCGACCAUCAAGCGUGUGAAGGAGUCUGAGACUCGCAUUGACGCUGACCUGGAGGGCUUCAUCAAGAAGAACUACUGGACUGAGGCCCGCGAGCAGCUGCGCCGCCAGGUGGGCACUCUGCGUUUCGACCUGAACACCCUGGCCAGUGCCAAGGGUGUCAAGGCCGAGAAGAAGAAGGCUCUGGAGCUGAAGAAGGAGUUCAUUCAGAAGGUUGAGGACCUGGACUUUGCUCUUCGUGAGAAGGACGAGACUUCUGCCCUGAAGAAGCUGGAGGCUGCUAAGUCCGCUCUGGACAGCGUGCUGGCUUACGUCCUGUAAACAGAUGAUCUCGUUGGGCGCUGGAGGGGGGGACUGAGCUUAGCAUGGUUUUUCAGAGCACCAUCUGCUCUUCACACCAUGGAGCUUGUUGGAUUGAAGUCAUGGGGUGGCGACGGCUGCUGCUGUACACGUGAAGUGUUAGAGAAGAUCAAAUAGUUAGGAGUUCUGUUCGUCUGUCUGCCGGAACGGCAAAUGGAUCUACUUGGCUAUUUUGCCAAUCUCGACAUAGUUCUGCGGUCGCGGGACUCGGAUGUAAAUAUCCACUUAAAUAUCGGUCGGUCCGAUACAUGGCUGAAACAAUACUUCACAAUGCUUCAAACGUUCGCAACU